GAGUUUUUUUAGAUUUUAUAAUAAUAAUAAUUUAUUUCAGACGUUUAGUUUUUAUGAAAAAUUCAAUUUCAAUUCAAAUCGUCUUAACAAAAUUCAAAUUAGAAAUAAUAAGUGUCAUCUGUUCAUCAUAACUGCAACAGUAGCAACAACAACAACAACAACAUCAUGGAAAGUUCUAGAAACCUCAAGAUGAAAUUUGAUGAUCUAUUUGAUGUUCUUGUUAAAGAUUUAACUGAAAAUCAACCAGCUGAUACAUCGCCUGCUCUUAAAUGGUUUCAACAAGUGUUGUUGUACAACGUGCCCCAUGGCAAAAAAAACAGGGGUUUAACAGUCGUUCAGUCUUAUGAGUUCCUAAUCGGGGAGAAGAAAGAAAUGAGUGAUGAAGAUUUCAAGAUUACAGCUGUUGUUGGCUGGUGUAUUGAAUUACUACAAGCAUUCUUCCUUGUUUCCGAUGACGUCAUGGACCAUUCAAUUACAAGGAGAGGUAGACCCUGCUGGUACACUGUUCCAGGGGUAGGCUUAAUAGCAAUGAAUGACGCACUCUAUAUAGAAUCAUCCGUAUACAAACUGCUGAAGAAAUAUAUUAGGAAUAAGCCGUACUACAUUGACAUUGUCGAUCUGUUUCAUGAGACAAUCCACCAGACAAUAGUAGGUCAGUGCCUUGACCUGCUGACCUCAAAAGAGGUCAAUCUUGACGGCUUCACUCUCGACAGGUACAACGCCAUUGUUAAAUAUAAAACGGCCUACUAUUCAUUCCAUCUACCCGUCGCCUGCGCCAUCUACAUGGUUGGAAUAAAUGAUGAAAGAUCGCAUCAGCUAGCUAAAGAUAUUCUCCUAAAAAUGGGAGAGUAUUUUCAAGUCCAGGAUGACUACCUGGAUUGUUUUGGGGACCCAGAGUUGACAGGGAAGCUCGGGACAGAUAUCGAAGAUAAUAAAUGCAGUUGGUUGAUUGUACAGGCCUGGUCGAAAGCUGACAACCGUCAAAAAGAGAUAUUAAAGGUAAAUUACGGAAAGCCAGAGGAAUGCAACUUAAAAAUGGUGAAAAUGGUUUAUGAGGAAUUGAAUUUAAGGACAGUUUACGAAGACUACGAAGCGAAGAGUUUCCAAGAAAUCUCGAAACUAAUUGAAGGGAUUGAUAGCUGCCUACCGAAGACCAUGUUUAACGAGUUUGCGAAGAAAAUUUAUAAAAGAAAUAAAUAGAUCAAAAAAAGUUAAUUGAUUAAUUAAAUCAAUAAAUAAAAUCUUCCAAAUAAAAUGAUCUGCAUAAACCUAGGUUUUCAUUGUCUAUACUGUCCAUACAUGUUUAACGUGUUUUAAUCUAUUGCUUUGGGGCUAAUAUGUACAUGCAUACACACACGUACAUACACACAUAAUAUAUUUUUACAAACAUACACACACAAACACGAUUCUUUUUAUUUCAUUUAAUUUAAAGUUUUUAAAUUUUUUAUUAUUAAUCAAACUUUUAAUAAUACAAUUAUAUAUUAUUAAUCAAAACUUUUAAUAUUACAUUUACAUAUAAUACAUUCAUAAUACAAUAGACGCAAAUAUAUAUAUAUAUAUAUAUAUAUAUAUAUAUACAUAUCACGCACUACAUAACCCAUAUAUAUUACAUGCAAAAUAAUUUUUUCGUAUAUAUAUAUAUAUAUAUAUAUAUAUAUAUAUAUAUAUAUAUAUAUAUGAACAAUAGCAAAUAAUAACUAAUAAUAGGUAACUCUCUCUUUCUUUGCCUCUCUCUCUUUCUAUACAUAUAUAAAUUGGGUGAGAAUUUCACACGUAUGCACAUACACGUACACACCACCAAAUAAGAAGCUAAAAGUUAACAAAACAUACCAAAAAACUUAUAAAUUGAUGAACCUAGAGUAACACAUUUAAAUAUAAUAUUAUAUAAUAUAAAUAUAAUGAAAAUUUACCAAAAAUUGCAUAAAGAAACGACGAUUAUACAUACAACGCUAAAGCCUCCAAUCAUGUGAAUAGAAAGAAACUAAUUGAUGUGUAAAACUUCAACAACAGAAAAUAGUUCAUUAACUAAGCAGGGGAACGUAACGAUGAUCGGCGUAAAUGUACAUAAUUCACUUAGGGUAGCACAUCUUCUCACUCACACGCAUACACACACACACGCGCGUACACACACACGUACGUACACACUCACACGCAUACACACAC